GUGCAUAAUAUAAACCGAUUUCACGUCCAUAACUAAUUAGAUGAACAAUGUCAGUCAAUCUGUUCUUCCUCGUCACAGUAAUUUCUUAUCAAACUGUGUAUCCAGUUGUGAGCAUUCCUACAACAACUGAGAUGAACAGCAAUACCACUGCAUCGAAUAAAUCAUCAAGUCUACUGAAUUGGAGAAAUACAAUCUCACAAUGUGUUCGAUUGUAUAUGGAACCAAAUCAACUUGGUGAUUGGUUUGAUAUAUGUGAUAGUAAUGAGCUGCUCUCAUCAACAUUUGUUUGGAGAACCAAAUCGAUUUGUACAAGUGGAAAUACGAAUCCAUUCAGAAAAACAUAUUGGUUAAUAUAUGAGUAGGUUUGUCCAAUUUGAUAUGAUCCGUUGUGAGGUUUAUGUUGUUAAUGUGGAUCUACGAAGCUUUGUCCACUUAUCCGUUAAUUCUAUUCUCAUGAAGUUAUGUCACGGAAUUCCUUGAAAACCACUAGAAUUUAAUAGUUAUGCUUAUAGUUUGUAAUUCAUGAUACAAUCACAACCAACUGUCAUGAUGAUUUCCGGUUCUCUAUGUGGUACAUCUUGUAUUAGUAUAAAGACAACAUACUGUUUGGUGAAUUUCCGUAAACUAACAAAAUUGAAGAUCACCAUUCAUUUUGUUGUGUAGAAUUAAGAAUUAGAAUUAGUUGACUGGAGACACGAAAAUAAUUUCAUUCAGUGAUGAUGAAGCGUUGUAGACCAGUCUGUGUGUGUGUGUAUGUGUGUGGUGAUGCAUUUCGUCUUUCCAAUCAAUGUUAUCAGUUGAUUCACGAAAUUCAGUUGGUCGACUUGCUUUAGAUAUUCCGAUUAAAUGACGAAUGGAAAGAGUGUUUGCUUCGUUUUGAAUAUCUUCGGAUAAUAGGUAGGUAAUUUGCCUAAUUAUCUGAUGCUUCCAUUGUCUCCUACCAACGAUCGUCAAAUAUGAAAAUAUGAAUAUAAAAUGAGAUAAGAUCAGUGAGAAUAUCAGUUAAUUUUAUACACCUUCGCUGUCCUCGUUGGUAAUGUAAACACAUAUGGUUUUCAGCAGAACAAGUUAUGUGUUUAUCUGUGAUCAAAUGAUGACUCGCAAAUUGUGGUUCAGUUGAUCUACACUUAAGCAGCAUCCGUUGAAUGAAUAAAUAAUGUGUAGAGUAGUUCUAGAGCAAAUACAUUCCACAGAACUGUGAUACUUUCAGAUCUAUAAAUAAAUUGAAUUAAUUAUCAUCAUGAUUAAUUUAUGAUUUUCAUAUCUACUUUUGCACGAUUUUAUCCAUCUUUGUUUAGACGAUCUCAUUUCGCAGGACCUUACAUACUACUCAGUGCCAGUAAAUGUAUUGACGAUAUAAAUCAGUAUAAACUUUCGGCAACUAUGUCAAUACUGAUCUGUGUAGAGAAACUAACGGCAAAAUGGGAUGUGUUUGUUUCUUGUCAAUAUCCAAAACGACCAUGGAGGGAAUUUUUCCCAGUAAACUGGCACUCUGAUUAUAAAGUCAUAUCUAAAUCUGGAACGCAAUCAGCUGAUGAAGCCGAAGUUUCCUCACUGGAAGAAAUAGAAAGUUUGUUGGAACUACAGAAGAACAGUGUCAACAAUAAAUAAUUACAAGUACAA